AUGAUCCAACGAUGGGCAUACAUUCCUCGGAUGGUGUCGAAGCAACCUUUCGUUUACCACGCAAGGACAUUUAUCUUGGGUAUCGAAACGAGUUGCGACGACACGGCGCUGGCGAUUAUUCGUGGGCGCAAGGUUCUAAGCAGCCGCCGUUUCGCUGAUCGCCGGCUGCAAAAUGUGAUGGGCGGGAUUACUCCUUCUCUCGUUGCUGACCAGCACCGUUCAUGUAUCCCUGGGCUGCUGGAGGAGUGCUUGACGGAGGUUCGCGCCGGAGUGGCAGAUCUUGAAGCGGUGGCUGUCACAAAUCGUCCCGGAUUGGUCAUCGCCUUGAAAGCUGGUGUACAACAUGCAUUGAGGAUUGCAAGGCGAGCUCGCUGCAAGCUGAUACCCGUACAUCACAUGAGGGCCCAUGCUGUAUCCUCUAUGUUGGUCAAUGAGAAGAUACAGUUUCCAUUCGUCACAAUCCUCGUCUCGGGCGGACACUGCCUAUUCGCACUCUGCCGUUCGGCGUCAGAUUUUGAGCUCCUCGGCACGGCCAUAUCUGGCUCACCGGGCGAAUGCCUCGAUAAGAUUGGGCGUAAGCUGAACCUGACCACUUCAUUUCCGGAUUUACAUGUUGGUGCAGCAAUUGAACUUCUGGCUUCUGGAGCUUCGGCUUACGGGCACCUACGAUACAACGUGAAGGGCCCUUCCACAUCUGGUGCAGACACUGAUUUCUCUUCUAUCAAAAGCUCCUUCCUGAAUCUACUGGACCGCGGAGAUUCUAUUUCCGUAGAAGAUUUCUGCGCGAGCGUUCAGUUUUGUAUAGCACGGCACUUGGCCCAAAAAUUUUACGCGGCGCUUGACUACUUAUCAGGGACUAGCGACCUGGACGAGGUGGCGCAUGUUGUCAUCGGUGGCGGUGUGGCAGCAAAUAAAUAUUUCUCGAACGCGAUGGCCAAGGUGGCAGCGCACUACAAUUUGGGAUUUUAUCAGAUUCCGACGCAUUUAUGUACCGAUAAUGCCGAAAUGAUCGCAUGGACAGGGCAGUUAUUAAUCAGCGAACGAGCACCGGAAAUCAUCUUGCCGGCCGAAAUUCCGGAUUAUCUGCACUGUUCGGAUCGAGAACUUAUCGGUGCCGACCUCCGCUCGAACGUACCCACCCCGAAAAGAAAAAUUGUUAGCCGCUCGUUACAUGGCGAUGCUCAAUUGAUGCUGAAUGAUGUGUAUUUG